AUUUAAGAGCUCUAGUUCCCAUUUUUCUUAUUUGUUCAUUCUUCACAAUGACUGAUGGAAGAAGUAAUCUCAAUUUGCAGACCGGGUCGAUCAAGAAAUCUGGUGACCCAAAAAACUUUGAGCGUCCAGUGGCAGUCGGGGAGGAGGAUCAGCCGCCUCGAGAAGCUUCUCAGGGCGGAGACUUCGACGAGGCUAAGCUGGUGGACGUCAACAUUGCCUUGAGCUGGGAACCCUUUGAGGUGAAGCAAGGAACAGAGACAGUGCGUGAGUAUUAUAAAGAGUUCCUUAAGAAGGUCAAGAACCUCGGAAGAGAGUUGGAGGAAGAGGAGCUGGCGUGUCUGUUCCAGGAAGGGCUACGCGAGGAGUUGCACGAAGGGGUAAGUGCAGCGAACUGCGGAUGGAUCCUCAAUUAUGUGUCAGAUGUAGUAGAUGAAGCUGAGAAGGUAGAGGCCAAACUUAGAAGCACCACGGAAAAGGCGCCGCUCGUGUCUAAGGAGUUUGCUGAUGUUGACUGUGGACAAAGCGAUUUGGGCCAACCCGCAGCCAGAGAUGAGGUGGAGAGCAAACCCUCAAAGUCCUAUGAUCCGGAAGACCAUGUCAUGCAAGAUUGAGAUGGCUAGAGUCAGCAUAAAAGAGUCUCGUGGAUUAUGUUUGCCUUCCUUUUCGUUGGUUUGAUGAUCUCAUGUUCAAUUGAACUGGUUAGCUUGUUCCUAUUCGGUUUCCUAUUUUAUAUGUUAAAGGGUUGCUAUUACUCAAAAAGUUUGGAACUUUCCCUUCAUUUCCUUCGUACCCUUUUGCUGAGUAAUGUGAGAUUGGAGGCGAGAUUCAAAGCUGUCA